AUGGCUGAACCAUCGGAAACAUCAUCAGGAAGUAUUAAAAAUAAUUCAAAUGUAAUAACAACAAUUCAACCAACUACAAAAUUAGGUGGUCGUGGAACACCACGUCGUAAAACACGUCGUUCUAAUAACAAUAGUCAUUCAGUAUUAGUUGCGGCACGCACCUUAGAAAAUAAAUUAAAGCCAUUUCGUACACAAUUUCAAUUAUAUGACCAACAAGAAUUAUGUGAUGUUAGUAUUCUAUAUGAAGAUGGUCAUAUUGAUAUACAAAAUCAGGUACGAGUACAUUCAACAUGGCCAAUGACAAUACAUGAAAUCGAUUCUUCUGAAACUAAUAUACAAACAUAUCAUAUUAAUGAUCUUGAUUUGAUGUCUAGUUCCUAUUUGCUUGGUAACCUUGAUACUUUACAAGAUGAAUUUAAUAGACAAUCAAUAACAUUAGCAACAACAACACAAACACCACCAACAGCAAGUAUAUUAAACUAUGUUAACAAUUUACAACAACGUCAAUUUUAUUCUCAACCAUCUUAUAAUUAUAUGAAUUAUAUUGGUUAUCAACAUAAUCCAUAUGCAGCUAAUGUUUAUGAUAGUUUUUCAAAUGAUAUUCGUCAAAUUUAUGGUAAUAUUAAUAGAAAAUCCGAUGAUGAACAAGACGAAGAAAAGGAUGAAGAAAAAGAUGAAGAAAAUGAUGAACAAAAAGAUGAACAAAAUCCAACAAUAACAAAAUCAAAACGAAGAAGACGUCGUUAUAAACAUAGUACAGUAAAAUCUGAACAAUCAUCAUCAGUUAUACCUAAAGAAGACGAGAUGAUCAUUGAUAAACCAAUUGAACAUCUCGAGAAUGAAAAUAUUACAACAAAACAAACAAAAAGUAAGCGACGAAGAAUACGUAAGUCAAAAAAAUCUCUUCCUUUAUCUUCAACUUCCGGUGCACAAGAACAAACUUCUAUUAUUAUUGAACAACCUGAAACAAAUUCAUCUUCUUUAAUUAAUGAAAAAAUAAAUGAAGAUACUUUGUCGUCAUCAACGCCUACUCAACAAACCGAGCAACAUUCUUCAUCUAUUGAGCUUAUGGAACAACAACCAUUAACGUCGAUGAAUAGUGUCAUGCAUGCGGAUAGAAAUUCUUCUACUGAGCAUGUUGUGAAUGUUCCACAUAAGGGCGAAAAGAAAAAGAAAAAAAAAGAAAAAAAGGAACUACAACUAGCAAAUACUUCAACAAGAACUACUAAUAUUAUUGUCGAUGAUGUUAAUCCAACGGUUCCUACUCAUACUAGUACGAAUGUUGUCGACAUAAAUGCAAAGGAUGAUAAAAAUAAGAAAAUCGCAUUGCCUGUUGUCGACAAUACAUCUACAACUAAUACGUCUAAAAAUGAUAGUCUACCAGUGAUAAUUAUCACUAAUGAUGACAAUAAGAAAUUAGAUAAAAAUAUUUCAAUUAAACGAAAAAGAAGAAAAAAAAAUAAUAUUAAUGAUCAACAACAAAUAAUAUCAUUCGAUAGUCAACAACAAUUAUUAUUGGAUAAUAAGCAAGUGAGUAAUUCAUAUACAUAUUUUUUUUCUCAAAAUACUUUUUAA